GUGAAAGUCAGUUCAAACCUUCCUGCAGCCUUGUGCUUUAUUCAAAGGGAGAAGAGGGGCUGCAAGUCAGACAGUGGACACAUUCACAGCUGAAUAUUGUGAAUAAAGACGAUUAUUAUGGCUUCGUUUCAAAAGUUGCCACAGCCUGGUGAUUUGAUUGAGAUAAAUCGGGGGAAGAUUCAACACUGGGGAGUGUACAUUGGAGACAAUGCCAUCGUCCACCUCACAACUGAUGCAGAAAAAAACGGCUUGUCAACCAAUGGCAUAGUGAGGAUGGAUAAGAUGAGUGAGGUAGUGGGGACAGAUGAGUGCCGUGUCAAUAAUCUGCUUGAUGACACUUACAAACCGAGGAGCCCUGAUGCCAUUGUGAGUGAUGCCAAAAGACAGGUGGGACAGAAGCCGACAUACAACCUCCUUCAUCGGAACUGUGAGCAUUUUGUCACAGACCUGAGAUAUGGGAAAUCUAUCUCACGACAGGUCCAAAGGGCAAUAAAGGCAGUAGGAGAAGCAGUGAAAGCGUCUCCAGUCCUUGUUUCUGUUGGACUCCUUGCUUCUACUGCAGUCUGUGCUUCUACUGGAGGCCUUUCUUCUGCUGGAGGCCUUGCUUCAGCUGGAGUCCUUGCUUCUAGCUCUCACUGGAAGCAAGAGCCUUUAAAUUGACUUCUGCUUGUGUUGCCAUCCACUGACCUAUUCAACAGCUCCAGAAAUGGCAGUCCUUCACAUUUAGUUGAUGACUUCAGAUGUCCUCAAGCAAAUGGCAGGCAGCUAAGACAAUAAAUAUAGAAUCCUAUUAAAAAACAAAAAUAUUAUGCCCCUUCUGGGGUGUAAGUAUAACACAGUGGAAAUGGGAUAUUUGUUUAUUUGCUAUGAAUUAAAAAAGCUGGAUGAACAUCC